CCCGCGCGCGCGCGUCGGUGCGACCGACCAGUAAUAACCCCGUCGUCAUCGCCCGGCCGCGCCAGGUGAACACAUACCGCGACACAUCGCGUCCCGUGCGGUCGUGCCCGACAACGCGUCCCGCGGAAUCGUUACUGCUAUUACUAUUGUUUUUAUCGCGAAAUAAUUUUUUUCAUUAUCAUUGCCGUUGCGGUUCGCACGGACCGCGAACGCUGUUGGCUUCGGACAGCGAUGGGCUCGUAAAAAUAACAACAACAACAACAACAAAAACUUACCACGAUAACGACGAGGAUCGCGAUCGACUGUGCGCCGUGGCCGUUAUACGGUCACGUUUCUCACGAGAUCCCUGGCAGCACGAGGUCUGUACACCACCGCAGAAAACGAUGCCGUCCAUCCCUGCCGCAGCAGCCGCCGCCACCGCCACCGCCAAACAUGUCUAAGAAGUUCCGUCGGUUCUAUGAGACUGCCUUUGAUUCGAAAAUCAGUAAGUCGGACGAGGACCUGUUGUCGGCCGACAAACAGGACGCGGCCAUCGCUCACAGGCUGUCCAAUCAGCUGCAACUGUCGGCCAGCGCCAGUUCCGUCCAGCUGUUGCAAUGCGACGCGGACCACGGCGCGAUACGCGCCCCAGCCACCAGGCAGCCGCCUAAAAACCGGUUUCUUGGCUUCUUGUUGUCGCAAAAGAGACGCAACAGCGGCGGUGGCGGCGGCCAACGGUUCAACAGCAAGUAUCGCAGUUCAGACAGCAUGGUGACCAGCAGCAGUUUGAGCCUGGAGUCCAUCACUAGCGAUUCGUUGAGCUCGCACAGUUCCGAGUCGCCGUGCUAUAAGCUGCGGUUCCCGGAGCCGCACGUGCUGUCCCCAAUCUCGGACAAGUCGUCGCAGGACGCCGGUGCCGAGAUUCUGCAGGAUUUCGAUCGCCGGAGGUCAUCCGCAACUGCCACCGUCGCCGUUGCCACCGCCCCCACCGCGUCCUCCGUGGUCAAGGCCAAACCACCGCAAUCGCUGGGCCUGAUCAAGUUGAACAAGGACCAUCAUCAGCAUCACGGGUCCGACAGUGGUAUAUCCGUGGGCUCGAAGCCCGGUGACAGCUAUCAGGAGCUGUUGGACGUGCCGUUUGACAUGCCGAAAUUGAGGCGCAAGCAAAAAUCACAAGUCUUCCAUCACGCGGAGAAAUCGACCAUUACCACCACCACCACCAACACCACCAUCACCACUAAAACCACCACCACGUUGCAGUGCCCCUCCGACGGCCCAUCUGAACUCCCUUUCGACAUGCCGAAGUUGAGAAGAAGACAGAACUGCAACACCACCAACUCUAACGACGCUGCACUGCCGUUCGACAUGCCGAAGCUUCGAAAAAGGCAAAUGGAAAGUUGCGCUCGAGUGAUUUCGUUAGAUUUUGAGAUAGGCAGUGACUUAAGCGCAUACAAUGCUUCCCGUAUAAACGAUUGCCAAGACCACGACAAUGUUACCGACAGGUCUGAAUGCGAACAACUCGAAGAGCUUCCAUUUGACUUUCCUAAAUUAAGAAAGACCAAUUUACAAGAUAAGGACGACAAAAAACCGGAUAGGAGUAGUUUGUUUCUCAAUGUAUUACCCGACAAUUGUAGUGCUACAAUCAGCCCAAACAAUAGAGCAUUAUCGAAAACGUUCCAAAAUAAAAAUCAGCCAAACCGUCCAACAUUAAGUUUAUCAAACAUAAAGCCUUUGCAUUAUGUAGAAGACGUUGACGUUUCUUUACCCUUAGAUCAACAAUGCUGGUACCACGGGCCUAUGAAUAGACUUGAAGCAGAAAAAACUUUGCAUGGCCAAGAAGAAGGUUGUUAUUUAGUCAGAGGAAAUAAGGGAUCAUAUGCCUUAUCAAUAAAGAGCGCUAAAGGUUUUAUUCACAUGAGAAUAACUCAAUCUGGAAACCAAAAUUAUUUGGGCCAUUCAGAUAGACCUUUCGGCACCAUACCUGAUCUCAUUAGGCAUUAUACACUAAAUAAGCUCCCAGCCAAAGGAGCCGAACACGUAGGUCUCAUUAGACCUUUAAUCCACCAAAUGUUGUAAUCAUCUGACUUUAAAAAUGUUAUUUUCCUUCCAUUUUGAAGUAUAAAUUAAAACUGUGAUAGCAAAAAUAACAUAUUAUGAUAUGCCAUUUUUAUUAUUAUUGUUUAUGUUGUGAAAUAAUACCAUAUCGAAAUUAAGUGCAAUAUGUAGUUUAGUAUUGUAUUAUCAACUUU